AUGGAGCUAUCCAUCCAACGGGACUAUCGAUCAUACCCAGCACCCAUCAGCACAACCACCCACAUCCGAAGGCCUGCUAAUAUCAGCAAUACUAAUAACAUCAACAACCCCAGCACAGCACACUCAAACUCCCCCGAUGACUCCUUCGAGCAACUCAUCUAUUCCGCCAACCCGUUAGCCCAUCUCAGGCUAACCGAGUUCAACUCUCAAUCGGUUAUCAGGCAUGGAUUGGAUGACCCGUCAGAAAACCCUGACUAUCUAGACUCGGUCUCCAAGCCUUAUCAAUCUUACUGGGAUCAAUCGCCCUACAAAAAUAUCACGCCCUCCGAUCUUGUUCAAAUCCCACACUGGAGCCAACCUCCAAAGCUUCGGACCGCAUGCGCUGCCCUAUUCCUGUGCCUCCGUUUAGGUUUCGAUCCUCCUGAUAUCGUCAAGGCUUCCCCUGCUCCCAAGCUAGAAGCUUGGACCGAUCCCAGGCAGCUACCAAAGGAGAACGUCCUAGAUACGAUCAGCAAGCGACUCCAGACCCAGUUUGAGUCCCUAGCUCCCGCCCAUGCACGCGUCAAGUUUAAGCCUUACGGAGAUGUCUACGCAGAAGAGUUCAAGAAAACCUUGCUCGGCCUUCGCAAAUAUUCGAGACAUGAACGCUGUCUGAUCUAUUACAACGGUCAUGGUGUUCCUAAACCAACCCCCACCGGCGAGCUCUGGGUCUUCAACAAAGCUUAUACUCAGUAUAUCCCCAUCCGCCUGUUCGAUAUCCUUACUUGGGUCGGAGCUCCGGCCGUCUUCAUAUGGGAUUGCAAUAACGCCGGCCAGAUCCUCUGUCACCUCACGUCGGCUGCUAUAGAGAAGGACGAAGAACAUGCCAACCAUGAGCGCCAAAGGCUCAACCCCAACGCCCUCAAUCAAGCCCUGGCCUCAGCGGAUGCCAAUCCACAGCAUCCGCAAUCCUCCGACCCAGCCUAUCCGCUCCCUGCUUCGAGCAGCCAGCUCCCGCCGACCACCAAUGCCUCAAACUCUCCGUGUGUGUCAAAGAAGCCCUCAGCAAACAUCCUUCAGGAGACAGGGAAUGUCCCAUCACCAAGAUAUGUGCCGUUCACGUCGGAAACAAUUCAGCUUGCUGCAUGUCAGCCUGACGAGAUGCUACCACGUGAUCCCAAUUUACCAGCAGAUCUUUUUACGUCUUGUUUGACGUCCCCGAUCGAAAUGGCGCUGAGGUUCUAUGUGCUCCGGAAUAAUUCCCAACGCUCCAGCUGGACUUCCACUGCUGAAUUUUUUGAGGACCUGAGCAAACUUGACAAAGUUCCGGGCCGGAUGGAGAUGCGCCGGACACCACUGGGUGAACUCACUUGGAUCUUCACCUCGAUCGCCGAUGCCAUCGCGUGGAACCAUCUCGAUCGCCAAAACUUCACCAAAAUCUUUCGCGGUGAUCUGGUGCUUGCUGGUACCUUCCGAGGAUUUCUGUUGGCUGAAAGAGUCAUGAAAGCCUAUGGCUGUACCCCCAUGUCAACUCCAAAGCUACCCGCAACUCACCAAUCUGAAUUAUGGCACACGUGGGAUCUUGAAGUUGACAUGUGUUUAUCACAACUGACUGCAAUUUGGAAGUCGGAAGCAGCCCGAGCAGACUUUGAGAAGAACAGGCAUCAUUACCCCCCAAACGCACUGACCCCUCAAAUUCUCGCCUACAAGCCGUCGACAUUCUUUUCUCAGCAGCUUACUGCAUUCGAAGUCUGGCUCAAAUUUGUCGUUGCUGAAAAUCAGGAUGAGAAUGGCGAGAGGGAUAAGGAUCUUUUGAAGAGAAGGGAAUCCCUUCAGUGGAGCUGUAACGACUGGUCUGGUGUGAAUAUCAACCAAGUUGAGAUGACUGAUUUUUCCUGCUCAAAUCCAAACUCACAGACUAGUCCCCAGGAUAGACGCUCUUCGGCCAGAGUCAACGGCAAAACUCCUCAUUUGGCUGGCAAGUCUGGCCCGCACGUUUCAUCGGCUUACGGCUCCUCCCAAACCGCCCAGACUCCUGAGCAACCAGCUGAAAGACCAAUCCGAUAUAAACUGCCGACUGACAUCAAGCGGUUUCCUCUCAACUCGCGCAAGGGAGAUGACCUCUACCCACCAUCACCACCCCAGCUACCAAUCGUGCUCCAAGUCCUUUUAUCUCCCCUUCACCGACUGCGAGCCCUAAUUUUACUAUGCAGAUUGAUGGAUUUGGGGCCCUGGGCUGUUCACCUCUCUCUAUCGAUCGGCAUUUUUCAAUACGUUUUGAAGCUUCUGCAAGCUCCAGCCGCUGACUUGAAGCCGGUACUAAUUUUCAUAUGGGCGAGGAUCUUGACCGUUUAUCCGGAGGGAAGGCAAGAUUUGAUGAAAUGUGCUUCGCGACCCCUCGCUCGUCCAGAAGGACCAAUUGAAUAUUUUAUCAAGAUCAUGGCUCCGAACAGUAUGGAACUGCCAAUCGUCAAUGUUGUUGACCACAAGGCGAUGUGCGCUUUUAUCCUUUCGAUCACCUGCAAGAAUUCGCGAGCCAACUCACAUGCCAUGAUGCAAUUCGGCGUUUUGGAGAUCAUCACCCAUCGAAUCAAGGAGCUAGUACCAUGGCAGAGACAGUGGUAUUUAAUCCUUCUGGCACACAUGUGGGAGGAGUCGGACGCUGUCAAAGGACGUGCGAUCAAGAUGGGAAUCAAUACAAUACUCAGUGACUUGCUGACAGACAAAGUCCCCGAGGUCAGGACGGCGGCACUGUAUGCAUUUGGAACUCUGAUUGGUGUCUCGACAAACCCAAAGCGAGUCGCCAUUGAAGACCAGUUCCCCCCCACACCCGGCCGAACAGAGGAUUCUGCUCCGAGACCGAACGGCACGUUCUCGAGUCGAUCUCAGAAUACAUCGGCUGCGAUGGUUUACCAGACCAACAAGCUGAGCAGUCUGAGCUCCAGCAAUCCGGAACUCACCCUGCUGGGAUAUCAAGAGCAAGUUUCUAUUGAGGUUGGUAGCGCAAUGGCUUGUUGUCAUUGUUCAACCGAUGGAUCACCCAUGUUCCGGCAAGAGUUGGUUGUUGUACUGAGCGCACUAGUCGAUCAGCAUCUCGGCCACUUUAUUGUGGCAGCUUUCGAGUUCAUCAAGCAACAGGAGCGGGAAAAGUCAACCACGAUCAGUAAGCUCAUUCAAAAAUAUCAAACCGAGCGGCAACAAAAAUCAUUGGGGAAACGCUCGCCAUUGGGACCUGAUGAAAGCGAUAAAGCUGAAAACAUGAUGACUGAUCGGACUGCAAAGCUGGAAAAGUUGAUCAACAAGUUGAAAGCAGAUGAAGAAGUUCAUCCCAAGGAGUCCUUACGAGCGUAUUUAUGGAUGGAGUAUACUAGUAUCUACAUCGUUUUACUCGAUUUGAGCUUGGAUCCUUCUGAGCAGGUUGCAAGGCCAGCCAAGGUAGUAGUCGAUUACAUUCAUUCUAGGUUGCUAGACAGCGUAUUAGGACAAUUGCUAGAAAUGGGGGUCGUGAACCAAGAAGAAGCCCUUCGGGCUGGCGUAGAUGGCACGGAGCAACCGUCGGAGAGGUCGCUUGGAAGGCUUGGCAAUCAUAGCCAUUCAAAUCUCAUCGCGUCUUCUUUUGCUUUGACCAGUUCUACUAACCCAGUCAGCCGAGAGUCGAAACGCCCAGCAAAUAGCAAUCACAGUGUGGCUAAUCGCUCUUCUACCUCUGUGUUUCACUCACUGAGCACAGUCAACAACCUCGUCCCCAAUUUCGUUAGGACAUCAGGUUGGAAAACACCCUUUAAUACCCUCAGUCGGUCGCCUGAGCAGGCGAUCUUCAAUCCAAACGAGCCGGUGGCUUCGACGUCAUCACAGUCACCGCAAGAUUCCGGCAAGACUGCUAGUGCUUUACGCAAGUCAGCCUCGCUGAACCCGAUCAUUCAGGUUGGACCCGACAGUCCCCAGUCAAGCCAACCAUACAAAAUGAACAACGGUUUCCCUCAUGCCUCGUCUAACUCCUCGUCUCAGACUCAGUGCAGCACGGUGGGAGAUCGACGCCUCCAGGGGCUCUCGACUAACCAGCCAAUCGAGUCAAUCAUCGCUCACACCCGCGCCUCUGAUCAUAUCCGUCGGCAAGCUAAUCGCUCUUAUCCUCUCCAACCCGCCUUCCCUUCGCCAACCAGUCCGACCAAUCGAUCCGGCACAAAUGACGCUAGCUCUUCAACCGCCCCAUCCGUAGUCAACCCUUCCCAACAGGACGAAGAAGACGAAGAUCAUUAUCUCUACUACCUGGGCUUACACAACCUCGAGAAACUUCAAGCUGAACUGAACAAUCGACAAGAGCCGAGCGAGCGACAAUCAAUGCUCCCGUUGCUGUCCGAUUAUUACCGAUUGAGCUCGCACAUUUUUCUGAAGCCGAAGAUGACCAGCUCCGUGGGUGACUCGGAAUCGGAAUCGUCGGACUCGGAUAACAAUGAGGAACAUGAGAAUGAUCAGCCGCGACAAACAACUGAACCAACGGAGUUUACCAAUCAGCGCCCGUAUGAUUAUCAGGUUAUUCAGCCUCUCGUCACUAACCGUGCGAGGGAACAGGACGAGGACCACACUCAUCCUCCCCCCUAUUAUCCAGUCCCACAGCAUCAGUCGCCCCCACUGCAGCAUCCUUCUCAACAGCAGCGUCCACCUCAUCAACAGCAGCAUAUAUCUCAACAGCAACAUCUGCAUCAACAGCAGCAUUUCGAGAGACUCGACGGCGGCAGUCUUGAGAAUAUUAAAGACACAUGGAGGAAACAACGAAACCUGAAAAUCAUCCUCGAUAGUCCUACUCUGAAAUCUCAUCCUGCUCCGAACGAGUGGGAUCAUCUGGUUUGCUCCUUCGAUCAUCCCAUGCCGAUCAAUAACAUCUUGAUGCAUCAGUUCGAAGAUCAAUUGAUUUCUUCGGAUUCAAGUGGUCACAUCACAGUAUACGAUUGGCGAUCGAAAUCGAUUCUCAACCGGUUUCAGCCGUCUCAUGAUCGGCUUGGGCGUAUUACUACGGACGGAAAUGUGAGGAUAUUCCGAGACUACGAGGACCCAGGGAAGUUGGAAGUGGUGACUGCGUUCAAGGGGUUGCCGAACAACGAGCCGAGCAGUCUAGGAGAAUCGGGUAGUGUGACGGAUUGGCAACAAAGCACGGGCCUAUUGAUUGUCGGCGGAAAUUCACGGGACAUCAAAGUGUGGAACUCUCGGCGGGAGAGAUGUGUGGAGGACAUCAAGACGCGGUCGAACAGUUGCUUGACGAGUGUGAGCUCGGACCACCACUCGGGCUGGCUAAUCGCCGCCGGGUUUGGCGACGGCUCGGUGCGGAUCUUCGACCGACGCAAGCCCUCGAAAAACUCGAUGGUCAAAGUCUUCAGAGCCGUCCAUUCCUCCUGGUGCUCUAAAAUCAAGUUCCAGGCAGGACAUCGCAGAGAACUCUUCUCCGGCGACUCCACCGGCUUGGUCUCUCACUGGGACGUCCGCUUGGAUUCUCCCCUACGGACCUUCCUGGCCCAUGAUGAAGGCAUGCCCGCCCUCGAUCUCCACGACCAUUCCCCGAUAUUAGCCACGGGCUCGAUGAAUGGAUGUGUUAAGAUAUGGGACUUGGAUGAGGAUGACCAUGAGGCCGCUGACGAACAGGUGCCCCGGCUCCUUUUCAGUCUCGGAAGCUUGUACGACUAUCCAGAUCUGCCCCCGUCGAAUACGAGCACGUCGACCCCCUCCCCCUUGUUCGGUGACUAUGGCCAAAAAGGGAAGGCUCCAGUCACCAGCCAUCCUUCGCGCGAUGCGUUGUCCAGUAUCUCGCCGAUCACCGGCUUGUGUCUUCAUCCAUAUCGCACGAUAAUCUCUAUUGCCGAUGGGAACGGGAAACUCAAGGUGUUCUCCACCGACACAAAAGUGUGA